AUGGACGAUCACCCGCCGAACGGCUCAAGGGUUCCCUCUUUCACGCUAACAGGCCUUCCAGAGCUGGAGACCUCCCAACACUGGAUGUUUCUGCUGCUGGGUGUCCUCUACAUUGUCUCCAUUGUGGGAAAUGCCCUGAUUCUCUUCAUCAUCAAAGAGGAGCAAAGCUUGCACCAACCUAUGUACUAUUUUCUGUCCCUACUGUCAAUCAAUGACCUAGGUGUGUCUUUUUCCACCCUGCCAACUGUGCUGGCCACAUUUUGUUUCCAUGUAAGGGAGAUCAAUUUUGAUUCGUGCAUGGCUCAAAUGUUCUUUAUCCACCUCUUCUCCUUCAUGGAGUCUGGGAUCCUACUGGCCAUGAGCGUUGACCGCUAUGUGGCCAUCUGCAACCCCCUCCGGUAUGCCACAGUGCUCACUGAUGCAAGAGUGGUGCGUAUGGGGCUGUCUGUUAUCCUCCGCAGUUUCUGCAUGGUUUUCCCACUGCCUUUUCUUUUGAAGCGGCUGCCUUUCUGUAAGGCCAAUGUACUCUCCCACGCCUACUGUCUGCACCCUGACUUGAUCCGCCUGCCCUGCGGUGAUAUCACCAUCAACAAUAUCUUUGGUUUAUUCAUUGUCAUCUCUACAUUUGGCCUGGACUCUGCACUUAUUUUUCUCUCCUACGUGCUCAUCCUUCGUUCUGUUCUGGCCAUUGCCUCGAAGGAGGAGCGACUGAAAACACUCAAUACUUGCGUCUCCCACAUUUGUGCCGUGCUCAUCUUUUACGUGCCCAUGGUUGGUGUGUCCAUGGUUGCUCGCUAUGGGAGGCAUGCCCCAAAGUAUGUGCACACGCUUAUGUCCCUGGUCUACCUCUUUGUGCCUCCAAUGCUCAACCCUGUCAUCUAUUCCAUCAAAACCAAAGAGAUUCGCCGAAGGCUUCACAAAAUUCUACUGGGAAGCAAGUUUUGA